AUGUCAAAUCCAAAUACAAUUGAUCAAUCAAUAUCAUUACUUGAUCAAAAUGUCUUAAACUCAAAUCCAAACCUAAAUCAAAUUAAUUUAAUAAAUCAAAUAUCAUUCAUAAACCAGAAGAUUUUACAAUAUGAUAAUAAUAUUCAAGAAUUAAUCAAAUUAAUGGAAUUCAAUAAGAGUUGUUUAGUAGAAUUAAAUACUUUGAACUUGAAAUGUUUUCAUUUAAAUACGAACCUUCAAACGAGUGAAGAUAGUUUGGCUAUGAAUAAAGAAAAUUUUGAAAGUCUUUCUAAUCAAUACAAUCAUAUAUUGGAAAAGUUGGAGAUUAAUGACCAAUUUAAAAUACAAGACAUCAAACAAGACAAACAAGACUGUAACAUAAAAGAAUCAAUAGAUAUUGAUAUUGUCUCAGAGGAAGAAGAUUAUGAAGAAUCAGAUGAAGAUGAACAAGAUUCGAUGAAUGUAUCGCAAGAAAAAGACUUAUAUUCAUCAACUCCAACACCACCUGAUUUGAAAAAAAUGAUUUCAAUUUCAAAUCUUAAAUUAAAACCAAUGAGAUGUACUACUUCAUCAUCAACCUGCUCGUCUAAUCCAGAAACGUUCAACAGAAAAUGUUCAAAGCAAAAAUCUAGAUAUAGACUAUCAAGUAUCUAUAACUUAAACCCAAUAGCAUAUGAAGAAUCAUCAUUUUUAUCUUCAACAACUCAAAAUACAAUAGAAUCAUCCAUAGCAUCAUCAACUGUUUCUGAAGAUAGUGAAAAAUUAAUGAAAAAUAGUUUAUCCAAAUCUUAUGAUACAAUUGAUUCUCAUUUAGCAAAUACAUUUGAUACAAGUCAACAAUUACAGGAACCAAUAGAUAUAAAAAGAAAUCUGAACACACCACCCCAUUCGGUCGACCAAAUUUCACAAGAGCAUCAACAACAAUUCAAACACAACAGAUCAAAUUCAUUACCAACAUCAACAACAUCCGUAGAUCAACAUGAUCUUUUCAAAGAAUUUGAUUGUCAUCAAGACUAUUUACAAUUCAACAAACUAAAACAUUUCAUAAGUAUGAGUAAUUUACCAAGACAUAAUUUAUCACCCCAUGAAGAUUUAUUUUUUAAAGAAAUUAAUAAAUCGUUAACUCCUCAACAAAACAAUAAUGACUGUGAUGUUUGCUCUAUUGUUUCUGAUGUGUCAUAUUAUUCACCAUCCGAUAAGGAGCAACAACAGUUACAACGAAAUAAAUCAAUGAAUCAAAAUUAUGAUGAUGAGAUCCUAACCCAUGAAUUGAAUUUUGAUACUUAUAAUAACUUCUUAAGAAAAUCGGCAUUAAAUUUGAGAGAACAAUUUACAAAUCAAUCACAACUUGAAGGAAAUGUUCAAUCAGCAAGUACACCCAAAAAAUUGUACAAAUUCCAAAAUCCAUUCAAUAUUGUAUCGUCGCAAAGAUCAAUACCGACAACAAAUGUUGUUAUACUGGAAGAACAACAACAAAGCCAUUCAAACAAAAACUCAUGCUCAUCAUCUAGAAAAUUAUUGAGUGAAGUGAUUUCAAGAACUCCUGCUGUCCUCAACAAGGAACCUAUUUCCCCCAUUAUGGAUGCAAAGCGCAAGCUGAAUUUACAUGAUAAGGAAAAAGUAUCCACACCUCAAUAUUGGCCACAUGAUGAGCAAAAUUUCCUAUCACAAAAUACAAAAUCAUCACCGUCAUUAUCAGCAUCUUUAGAUUCACAACCACAAUCAUUAUUACUUCCCAAUAAAUUCAUUACAAACUUCAUGCUAAAUAAAGAAUCAAAAACAAUUAAACCACCAACUCCACAAAAGAUAAAAGAUUUGAAAAAACAAAAAAGAUUUAAAAAUGUACCUAUACUGAUCCCCAAUCAAACUCAACUCAAAAGAAUUCCAACCACUAAACCAAAUCAAAAUGAUUUUGGAACUGGUGGUGAACGAAAAAUUUUAAGUGGAUCAUAUUCUAAUUUAACAAUUCUUAAAAAUAAAAAAUAUAUAAAUCAUGGAAAUACUUCAAUUUUUAAUAAUCCAAUUUUAAAAAAUUAUAAUGAAGAUGCAAUUCGAGCGGCAUUAAGUGAAAGUUUACUAGACUAA